UUCCACUUCCACUCGCACAUUCAGUAACAAUGCGGCGUCUGUAGUGAGCACACGUACCGCCGCCAUCGUCGUUUGUUUACGCUUUCCUAUUUUUACGCACGUUCCUGUUUAGUUAUUCUCUGUGCCCCGUGCCCGCGGAAUAAAGUGUCGGAAUUGCUCGUCUGUUGAAGUGUGUUUCCCCGAUGCGUUCCCGAAACUCGAAUCGUUUUCACCCAGGCUCGAAACGGUGAUGUGAUGAGGUUGCGAGCUGCGGUUUUGUGAUUUUUAGUUAGCGCCGGAUUUCCCAUCUUUGAAAUUUGAAUUGUUCUUCUCUAAACGUGAAGGUUGGGAGUGUUGUGUUAGAUUUUUCUGCGCCCUGGAAUGAAGUGUGUCUUGCCCAUGACGGCGGUGUUUUGAGUGUUUGAAGAAUUCAUCGGCGAUGCUGCUCUCUGCUAAAAUGGAUUUAUCAACACAGCGGAGGCGCUUAUUCUCGAAUUAUGAUGUGAUAACAAUGACAGGGAAGAUGAUGCUGGUAGCACUUCUAAUCGUGGCACUGGUGGCACCAACGAUAGCACACUGCCCGACUUCUUGCGAGUGCAACGAUGAAACACUGAUUGUGACCUGUGUGAAAGCCAACCUAGAAGUCGUUCCGAUCACGCUCAAUCCCUCGAUCCAAACGCUGAACCUUCGCGAGAAUAAGAUCAAAACAGCCACCUCGUUCGUUUUCUACGCGAGCCUCCACUACCUGGACCUGUCUCACAACGAGCUCUUCAACAUCCCCUCGAAAUGCUUCGAGUCACAAAAAGAGCUCGAAGAGCUCCACCUCAACAACAACCGUCUCUCGUCGCUGACCAACUUCACCUUCGUGGGGCUCAAGUCGCUUAAGAUCCUAAACCUUCGACACAACUAUCUCCUCGACCUGCCGGACCGAUUCUUCCGGCACCUGACCCAGCUGAAAGAACUCGACCUGGGCCAGAAUCGGAUCUCGAGGAUAGACCCAGCCGCGUUCGAGAACCUAGCCUCCCUCCGGGUGCUCUACCUGCACGACAAUCAGCUCAAGUCCGUGCCCACGCUGGCGUUCUCACAACUGGGCAGCCUGGCGGUCCUGCACAUCGGCUUGAACUCCUUCUCGACCCUCCCGGACGAUGCUUUCAGCUCCCUGCAGCGGCUUUCCGAGCUGAAUCUUAGCGGAGCAGGGCUGAGCAACAUCUCAGAGAACGCCCUUCGUGGGAUCGCGGCGUUACGCAACCUGGUGCUCACCGACAACCAGCUCACAGCUGUCCCGUCUCGAGUUCUCUCCAAACUCAACCGAUUGGAAGAGCUCUCCCUGGGUCAAAAUCUCUUCACAGCAGUGACCUCCGGUUGUUUGGAUGGACUGGUGCACUUGCAAAGGCUCGACAUCACGGGGGCGCAAGAACUGGUUCGGAUAGAGACGGGGGCCUUCGCCAAUAACCUCAAUAUCCGCACGAUUAUACUCAACUCCAACAAGAGGUUGGAGGCGAUCCAAGACGGCGCGUUGACCGGGCUCCCGAACCUCAAAGAACUGUCCUUGCGGGCGAACGCUUUCCGCUCCUUUUCCGAGUCCAUGGUUGCCUGGCCCGAGCUCACGAAACUUGACGUGUCGGAAAACCCGCUGGUGUGCGAUUGCAGCGUCCUCUGGCUGCGGGACCUGCUACUACGGCGGAAUGCGUCUCACGUGCGUUGCACAGCGCCGGCCAGGGUGGAGGACCGAUUCCUACAUGCCCUGGCGCCGGAUGAGUUAGGCUGUGCUCUGCGGAGCGCCAGGCAGCAGGCUGUGAUCGGUGCCAUCUGCGGCUCAGUAGUAGCCAUCAUUGCCGUAUUGUCCAUCCUCUUGUACCGGUACCGACGUCGGCUCCAGGAUAUGGUCAAAGAGUACAAGUGGAACAAGAGGGCCAUCAGCCGGAAGGAGCACGAGUACCAGAAGACCUUCUCGGACGAGGAUUACAUCGUCCGAGCUGCCCAGCAACAGCAAACCUUGAAGCCAAUCCCGGUGACGGAACUAUAGCUAGAGCUUUUUGCCUCCAGCCCGGCGUCGAACGUUUUCUACUUGCCCACACGGCCGGAGGCAGAAGUUAAAACCGAAAGGAGACCCCAUCGAGGCCCCGCGGGAACAACUGUUGCCAACGGGUUCUCGUACAUCCCAGGAGACUUGUGUCGCACCCACUGUCGACAUUCCAACUCUCUCCAUCGAAGCACCACCAGCAGCUUCAAGCGCCACUGAGAUUUAUCUAGGCUUCCAACUCCCCUCGCCGGGGAUCAACCGGAAGUUCCUGCUACCACUGAGUCAUUUAUUAGCUUCCCAACUCUGUCCACUCAGAUGCAACAAACGGCACAUGCUUAUUUUAAGUUGUAAGCAUAUUUUCUCAAAGCAGAGAGAUACUAGUCGCUGAAGCCUCAUUACCACAGCUCACUGAAUUAGACGUGACAACGAGCUUUACGAGUUUAAAAAAAGGUUCGCUCAAGCGGCCUUUCACCCCGCCGUGAUAUGUGCUACAUUUGGCAAUUAGGAACUACAUUUUUUGGGUCAAUUAAGACACAACGUGUGGACCAUUAGUUUUCUAAUGCACAUGCGUGUUUUUACGGGUGAGCCAGAAAAUGUAGUUCCCAAUUCCAAAAUGCAGUCCAAAUGAGAAUGCAUAAAAACGGAGCAAACUGUCUCUUUAUGACCCGUCUUUGUUAGCUCUGGGUACCCGGUGAGUUUGUUGCACGUGGGCUAGGGGAUAUAGGGAUAGGCUAUACCUAUGUUUAAGAUGAUUCGUCUCGAGUUCUGAUUGUUGUCAAACUGGCGUGCGAUUUAUUGCAUUGAUUGAAGCCAAGAAUCCUGACAGUUUUGACUUUUUAGACAAGAAAACGACGAUAGCUCCCCCGCGUGAGUCUAAAGAAUCAUUCGCGAUGGAGAAAAUGCAAAAUUUGGAGAUGAAAACAGGAUUUGGCGAGGGGAAAUAUUUCAAUCGAUACUUUGAUCGAUUGCUGUAUCGGAAGCGAUACUUCUUCGUGUACUAAUCCUGUUUUUAUUUAUUCGAAUAUCGCAGUUUCUUUCAUCGCGAAUGAUUUAUUGGAUUUAAAUUCAAGGGAAUCAUCGUUUUUAUUUUUCUUAAAAGUAAAAAUCUGCCGAGAUCUUUGGAUUAAACUAUGUACGCCCAUCGGAUCACUCAUGGAACCAGAGACAAAUGGCCUUAAAGACUCAGUGGUCUGCCUUCGAUGGCGUCUCAGACUAUAAUAUCGGUUUUAUCUUCAAUCGGAGCUUUACGUGACUUUUUAUAUUGUUUAGUUUGUAAUCUUAGUCAUUUUUAAUGCAAUCUAAUUAAGCCACCCUGUUUGUACAUACACUUGUCAGAGGGGCCCCAAAGAGUUCAUACACCUACUUAUUUUUAAUGACAACCGCUACCUACUCUUGUUCCCCUCUCGGUGGUUGCGUAUUUUCAAUAUCAAAAUUAGAUGUUCCUGUUUUGGUAUCAAAGAAAAGCCUUUGCCUACCCACUACAAUGAAGGCGAAUGCUUGGUGUUCUUAUUAUACAGGAAGACUUGAAGGAAAAACUCCCCCGAGCCAGCUAAUGAAACCCUUUUCCUGCUGAAGACGUUAAUGUUGGUGAGUGGAACAUGAUAUCAUGUCGAAACAAAACAUGGUAUCGAGGUGGUGCCUACUGAAUUGCUCUCAAUAUUGUUCCAUGUUUGUCACUGCUACUAGUCAAUUUGACCAUGCAAUUUGCCACCAUGUUUCACCCACCAACACGGUCAUUUUUUAGCAGGGUUUUUAUCCUAACGAAGUCCUGUCAAUUCGCAGGUAACUAUUUUUACUCCGUGUACCUAAGCAAUAUUUGGCCGGUGUCUUGAUUUAAAGAAAGCAAUACAUGUCGUUGAGUUAAUUUACUAGAUUAAAUUAAUAUUCAAUUUUAAGCUUUCAAGUUGAAGCCCUUGUCAACUGAAUAGAUUUGAUCAGGCAAAAUAAGUUGGUAGAGGAAAGUUUUAUCUGGAUACCUAGAUCUUUUUUCCCUUCCUAAAAAUGGUCCUAUCUGGAACACUGAAGCAAUUUUAUACACCUAAUUUACAACAAAUAAUCUUUUAAACCUCUCCAAUGAUAUAUUUGACAAGAAAGGGAUUUUUGUCAAUCAAAGCGGCACCAUGAACGCAAGAAUCAGAAUCAAAGAUUCUUGUCCCGAUAGGUAGUCCUUCUUCUCUGUUUCUCUGUUGGGGCAUCCCUCUAAUUGUACAAACAUUUCCUGUUCAAAAUAGGAUGUUGUAAAAUAUGUAAAUUUUUUGACUAUAAGAACCUACCUGUAUUUGACUCAAGCAAUAUCCACAUUCCAGUCAGAGCAUUAGGAAAACCCCCUCGUUACGAUUGAUUUUUUUAUUUGUUAUAUUUUUUAUCGAUGUUUAUAUUUUUUUAAACUUUUUUUUCGCAAUUCACACACUGUAUUUUCCCUCUAUUUUUUUAAAGUUUGACUAAUAAUUUCUUAACGAUAUCAGGCAGAGGAAUUUCUGAUGUUCCGCGCCUUUAGAUAUUCUCCUUUAAGAAACCCCCAAAGGCACAUGUGAGGUUUUCAUGCCUAUUUCUGUUUUCAAUUCUCACUACGCUAUUUUAGCUAGAGUCACUCUUUUGUUUGCCCAUUCAAAAACUUUCGCAACUACUUCUGUCCGUUCACAUCCACCUAUUGCAUUCUUAGUCUACUUACGAUAGGUUAUUUGAUUUUUGGUGCUGUGAUUGACUUUUUUUUUCUUAAUGAUGUAAUUAUGUGUAAUUUCAUUUUAUAUUAGUUGAUUUUAAGUCAGCUCGAUAUGGUUGUGUCUGAUAUUUUUCCUGGCAGCCCAUUGUCCUCUGCCUCCCUGCUCUUCCAAAAGUCAGUGAAAAGAAUUACCUAUGAUAAAAACGUUCACAAGGAGAGAACAGACGCAUUUUCGCACCAGAAAUGUUCAGUGGAAAGAUAAAGCUCGAUUUUUAGGUGCAUUUUGGUGCAUGGCGCCUGGGGAAUGCAGAACACCGAUGCAGAUCAAUGUGUGCUUGAAAGGGAGGCAGCAUCACAGGAAGAGAUAUGAAACAAUUGAUCUGAAAGCGUUAUUGUGGUUCAAUAACCGAGACUAGCCCAAGCUGAAUUGAUUGAGGAAGAAUUUUUUUUUACUUUUUCUCAAUGAAAAAUCCAAGGGGUGUGUAAGAUUCCUCAACCUCCGUUUCAAACGGCGUGGCGUGCUUUACGAUAUAUCGAUUGAUCUGCCAUUUAAACCUGUGGAAAAGGAUCUAUUAUACGGGUGUUCGCAACGAACACCUUGAUAAUCGAUUCUUUAUCAUUGCUUCAAAUAGGGAAAUAACUAUAUAUAUCGAAGCACGCCACGCCAAGGGUUUCACGUCAUUGUUUACAGCUUUAAUGCUUAGUCCCUUCGUACUUAUCAUGAGGAGGUCUAAGUUUCUGUAAUCACCCCUAAUUGAUUUUUCUAUCUUUGUACAGCAAUGCAAAGGGCAUUCUCCGACAAGCUGCUUGCAGGUAUCUCUUUUGUAAGGCCGAAGUGUGAAACCACAUAUCUCCAUUGCGGCAUUUCAAAGUUUCUGGUCCUAUUAUAUUUUCCCGAAGAGAAACAAGCCAAAUCUACAACUCGACAUUUUUUCAGAAUGUUCUCCUAGCCUAGAAAAAUUUUCAAGGAAUUUUUCAAGAAAUUACGGUGAUUAGUUUUCCAUCACUGAAAAAACAGUUCUUUCACAUGACCGAACGUUCGGUGUUCUACAUUAGGUAUCCAAUAAAUUCGGUCUGUCAAACCGAAAUUUCGAUUUGUGUAACCGAAGUUCGACGGUAAAGUAAACUGACGUACAAUUUCGUUCAUAUGAACCGAACUUUCGGUGUUCCGUAUCAUCCCAACUAUUCGGUCUACGCGACCAAACCUAGUUUGUCAGUUCUUUUCACCGACGAAGUUCGGUCACACGAAUCGAAAUUUCGGUUCGACAAACCGAAUAGCCAGGAUGAUAUGGGACACCGAACUUUCUGGUACUAUGAACGAUUUUUUUUUUGUGAAAGAAAAAAUCAAGUAUGACAAGAAGUCUGCAAUGUCGCAAACGGAGAUAGUGGUUUCAUACUUUGUCCAUUGAUAUGAUUUACCUGAAGUCGAGGAAUAUGAAUAGCUUGGGACCAUCCCUGAUAACCACUUAAUGCUCCUCUCAAUGCUAGGAAGUUUUUUCCGAGUCUUCUGUUCAACUCAAGUCCACCCGAUAGCAGCUCUGAGUUUGACUUUUGGAACAACUCUCGUUCGCAUUCUAAAAUUACUUUUAAGCUAGUCAUUCUAAGUUCUUUUUGUAUAUUUUCAAUGUAUAUAAUCGCAAGAGAGCGUUAUUACCAUGAUGCUGGACCUUGCUUGUACAGUUGAUUCAUUUUUGUCUUGAAAUUUUGUUCAUUUUGUAUUAGUUUUUUUUUAUUUAUUCCCUCACUAAUUUGUUCAAAAUAUCUUUAUCAAUCUUGUUCAAUCAAGUAAAUGAGACUGAAUUUGUGGCCAUGUAUAAAACUGUAUUUAUUGCUGUAAUUCAAUCAACCUUAAGUAAUUUUUUGUUUAUUAGAGUCCAAAAUCAAGUCCUGCAUUUCUUUUGUACCUAACCUCUUUUUUUUUCGUCACUUUCCGGUCAUACUAUUUGGUAAAUACUCAUGUCAGACGCUGUUCUUAUUAUUUCCCUGCUGGGAAAAACGUAAAAUUGCCAAACCGUCAUCAACGUCAUUUUUAAAAUAACAUUGUGACAACGUUUUGACACAUGUCUUUCUAGGUGGGUAAAAUAUCCCUUUAAAAAGAUUUUGAUUUCAUGAUUUUUUCUAAAUAUCAUUUCUUGUAUACCAGGAAAUUUUACCAAAUUCCUACAGAAAAUCACCAAAAUAUUGUUGAAACAGUUAAAAUUUUUCUGUCGUGGCAUAAAUGCCCUAGGCUUUGCAAUCUGCUUAUAUAAAAAUUAAUAAAAAGAGAAAUCAGAUCUUGUUAGACAAGCAAUGGGUUGAGGUAUUUCCAUUUAUAUGUAUAUUCCCAAGUACUUGCAGACAAUGCGAAAGCAGGUAAAUUAUUUAUACAUACAUCUCAAUCUUAGAAUCUCAAAUUGAGGAAGCCGAAUAAAUCUUCAGAGCUGACAAAAUUUCUUAGUUUUAAGAUUUUUUAACCUUUCUCCUUCGUACAUACUUGUUGUUAUCGAUAACUUGCUGUUUUUGAUGACAAUGUGAGAAAAUCUGUUUCCAUACCUAUUUAUUUGAUGAAUUUCACUCAAUUUUACCCUCAAGCAAAAUUAAUAAGCUGGAGAAAUUCUGUUGUGCUCCAGUUGCUUUUUCAGUUGAAACAUAAAAGAGUUCAGUGAAAGUCUUCAGUGUUCUUUUCAAAAGUAAUUUGCUCAAGAGGAACAAUUGUUGCCAAUUGAGCCCCCUUUCAGAACAUGAUCUCGAACAAGAGCCCAUGCCUUAUAAUCUGAAGCAAUAUUUUUCUCCCUCUUUGUUUGCAUAAAGUCUUUAAACCUUGUUAGUAAUUUGUGUUCAUUGAUUCAGCCUUUUAUUGUCAUUACUUUUUCGUUCUCUUCAGUGUUCUCACAGAAUUUUUUUGUUGAUAAAAAGGAACGUACAGAACCACAUAGGCGACUCUAAAAUAACCAAUUUAUGUUACAUUUUGUUUGUUUCCCAGACAAAGGAAUGUAACCGUCAUAAGGUUGCAAAGUAGACUCCAAUUAUUAAAUAAGAACGACAGUGCAAUUUCUGUCCAACAUUUUUCAAUGCUCAAGCAUAAUCAGCAGAAAAAGCAGGAAAAUUUAAAAUUCAAAAUGACCAACAGCUUCCUUGUCUGAAAUUCUUUUGUUGAAUAGAAAGUUUUGGAAUAUUGACUUGCAGUUAUGUUCCUCUGUCAGGAAACAACAAUUGAAACCAGUUCGGUUUAAAGCUUAGAGCUUCAAAUGAUUCCUAAUAACAUUCUGCAAAGAAAUUAAUCUUACGGAAUUCUUAUCCUUCCAUUAUAAAUAAAAUUCUCUUUUUAGUUUAUAUCUUCAGAAUACACAGGUGGAAAUAAAAUGCUUAUGUUUUAUCCUAUUUUGAAGCAAAGAAACAUAGAACAGCAUGAUGAGGAAUUCGUACUUGUCUCUGUAUCAUCGUGUCACCAUGUUCAGAAUUUAGCGUGUAAUUAACCAAGACCCACAGUCUUUACAGUUGUAAAUAGAGAAUAUUUAAUAUGUAAAUUAUCACUGUCAUUAAAGUGUACAAAGUUUAUGAGCAUUUUCGAAUUUGAAUUUUUAACAUGAAUGAAUAAAUAAAGACAAACUUCAUUAAAACA